AUGGAGAGUAAUACUUAUGAAAACUAUCAAAAAUUGAAACAGAUGCUCAUAGAAGCUGAUCAACAAGUUCUUAACACUCCACAGCCUAGUACUCUUGAACUUAAAGCUAGCCAAAACUUCAAUCUUUUGAAGCUUGAUUUUUCUUUACAAUUCACAACUGACGACAUGCUUGAUUAUUGAAACAUCAUCGAUUCUGUCAAAAAUACCAAGCUUUUCCAAGUCCUUAAGCUUAUGCCAAAAGGGGCUCUGCAUCAUUUACACAUUGGCGGGAUUUUAACACCAGAAGAUUUCUUAUCAUUAUUAAAAAAUGACUCUGAUGUCCAUGUAAAUCUCGUUGAAAAUAGAAUUUAUUUUUCCCCAAUUUUUAAAGAAAAUUUUAUUCCAGUUAAAGAAUUUUUGGCUUGUGAGAGCAAUGAAAGCAUUAUACUUGAUGCUAUGAGAAUGACAAGAGAAAAGUCAGUUGGGACGCCAGAUCAGAGAUGAUUGAAUUUUGAACAAAUUUUUAUAUGCUAAUAGCUAUGAUUAAAUUAUAGCUUUUAAGAUGAAUUUAAAGAUAAAAAUGUUUGUAUUAUAGCUUAUUUUUGUAGAUAAUACAGUUUAAGACUAUUGCAUUACAAUGAUAACUGGAUCAUUUUAUAUUAUAUAAGCAUAAUUUGAAAAGAAAUAAUUUUAAUAUACGGUCUGUUUAAAGCUUAUGCGCUUAUUUAAAAUAAAUGCUAUAUCUACUAGUGCUGUAUUCGGCGAAAAAAGAAUAUGAGAAAACUAUUUAUCACUAGGAUUAUCACAAUUAUAUGAAGAAAAUCUUCAAAGGGUUGAAUUUCGAAGUAUGAUAGGAAUUGGCGAGAUGACAGACGGAGAUAAAUUCAUAACAAUUGAGGAAGAAAUCGCUAAUUUACAAAAAAUUACUGACGAUUUUUCCAGAGAGCAUCCUGAUUUUUCUUGUGGACUUAUUUUGACUGCUCACAAAUUAUUUCCAAAAGAAAAAACUAUUAAUGAGGCUAAAAAAGUCUUUGAAUUCCAUACAGAAAAACCUGAAUUUGUAUUAGGAUUUGACAUUGUAGGUGAGGAAGAUAAGUAUAACCCAGAUGAAGAGAUAUACGCAAGCAUUUAUCAAUUAAAGCAUGAAACUAAUAGGGAUUGUCCUAUGUUUUUCCAUUCUGGAGAAGUUAUUAGCAAAAAUGCUCCAUCGCUUUAUGAUGUUAUACCAAACAAUAAUAUAUAUUUUCAGAAAUUGCUAUAUUAAAAUGCUAUGAAAUUAUAAUAUUUUUCUUAUUAAAAGGGAUAUUUUGCUAGACACACAAAGGAUAGGCCAUGGUAUUGAUUUAAUUAAGUACCCAAGUUUAAUAGAAAUUGUGAAAAACAAAAAAAUCACCAUUGAAGUUUGCCCUAUCAGUAAUAUGGUCCUUGGCUAUGUAAGAGACUUAAGAUCACACCCAGCACUAGCAUAUUUUUAUAAUGGAAUACAAAUUUCUAUAAGUUCUGAUGUUCCUGGACUUUUUGGGUACAAAGGAGUUACCCAUGACUGGCUCUGAAUAUGCAUGCUCUGGAAUAUUGAUUUAAUGCAAAUCAAAAAAAUAGCUGAAAACAGUAUUGACGGGUGCACAGAGCCAGUCAGAACAAGAAGAGUGUGGCAAGAAAAAUGGGAAGAAUUUAUUACAUAUUUAGCAGAUUUAGAUAUUUAA